UGUUUUAGACAAACCCAGUAACGAACAGUCAAAUAGGCAAGCACGAGAUAACGAAGCAGACGGAGUUUAGUUAACUUAUCAGAUAAACUAAUUUAUUACGUUUGUUGAUUUGUUUUAGCACGGUAUAUUUGUUUUUGAACGUGAGACUAAACUUCGAAACUCUUGCAUGGAUAAACUACAACUGAGCGCUCUUUGUGGGACGAUGAGCUUUAACAGAUAGCCCAGGGAAACUUUCGGAGCGUAGCGAUGGAGACGGAUUUGGAUUCGGUUAGAGUCGAGUCCAGUCUGUGGAUCGGCAAUAAGCGCUACAGGGCUUUCCUGAGCGGAUGGUACUUCAGCUGGACUGAGAUCGAUAAGAGGAACCGGGAGAAGAAAACAAUUUCAGUGCCAGUGUCAGAGGUGAUUGGGGUGAAGGAAGGCCGAGUUGAGAUCCAACCCCAGAAGAAAGUAGAAGAUACUGAUCUUGAUUUUACAUUAUUCCAUGUGAAUCGCAAUAGCAGAGGUAAUGCACAAGGACUGACAUGGAGUCUGGGCAGGACCCAGUUCUGCUGUCCUAGCCGGGCCGUCCGGGAUCAAUGGAUCACUCAACUCCGAAACGCACUCAAAACCCACAGUCCCUCGCGUCCUCACAGGUUGUUGGUGUUCAUUAAUCCUUUCGGAGGAAAGAAGAGGGGGAAGCAGAUCUUUCACUCUCUAGUGUCCCCUCUGUUUGAGCUGGCUGGCAUCAGCUCUCAUGUUGUGGUGACUGAACGAGCAAAUCAGGCCAGAGACUACAUCCUGAAGAAAGACUUAACAGGGUUUGAUGGAGUGAUAUGUGUGGGCGGAGACGGAAUGUUCAGUGAGCUGCUUCAUGGUGUGAUUGGACGAACCCAACAGGAGGCAGGAGUUUCAGAAAAUGACCUUACUGUAAUGCUGCAGCCAUGUGACCUCCACAUUGGUGUUAUUCCAGCAGGCUCUACAGACUGUGUGUGUUUCACUACAGUGGGCAUAAAUGACCCUGUGACAUCAGCGCUGCACAUCAUCAUUGGAGACUCUCAGCCUCUGGAUGUGUGUUCUGUCCAUGAUCAGUCCACACUGGUGCGUUAUUCUGUUUCACUGGUGGGCUAUGGUUUUUAUGGCGAUGUUCUGGAAGAGAGUGAGAGGCACCGCUGGAUGGGCCCUCUCCGAUAUGAUUAUGCAGGUUGUAUGGUGUACAUGUGUAACAGAAGCUAUCCGGGACUAGUGCAAUAUCUCCCUUCUGAUUCCCAUAUCUCCAGCCCACGGGACAACACUCGCUGUCUCUCAGGAUGCAGAGUGUGUUCAGAGAGCAAAGAGCGGCUGUUUCCCCACUUCGACAGCUCCACUUCACUCUACAGCUCUAAUGUGAGCCAGUACAGCACGGAGUUAGAGGGUGACUGGGUGACUGUUGAAGGCACAUUCAAGUGCAUCUCUCUUACCUGUGUGUCAAGCUCAUGUCCACGGAGCCCAAAGGGUCUUUCGCCAUCCGCUCACCUGGCAGACGGUACAGCAGACCUCAUCCUUGUACGAGACACUAAUCCUCUGAGCUUUCUCACAUACCUGCACAGGCACACAAACAAACAGGAUCAGUUUGACCUGCCUUUUGUUGAAGUUCAUCGUGUCAAGGCAGUUCGGUUUUCUCCACCACCUGGAGAAGAAGAGGACUUUGAGGAGGAGGAAGAGAAAAUUCAGACCUCCGCUGAGAAAGUAUUGGAGGAUCCUGGGAAACUCUGCAGUAAUAAUAUUGCAGGUCAUUCACAGCAGCAUCUCACGGGUCAGAAAGAGAAAACAACUUCAACCAGUAGAAUGAAGAGACCAGGCUUCGUGUGCGGGCCCUGCUGCACUAAACCUCGCACAGUAUCAGUGUGGAACUGUGAUGGAGAAAUUCUGCCUCAGACUGAGAUCUCAUGCAGAAUACAUGGUCAGCUGGUGCGGCUCUUCGCCAGGGGCAUCGAGGAUUCAACAAGAGCUUAAUACCUAAAACAGAUGAAAUACUAUGUAAAUAAUAUGAAAGAUGAGAAAAGGGAUGCAGAGUAAAUGUCCUGUAAAAGACAGAGCAGUGAUGUCAUUCAAACUCAUUUGGAACAUAUUUCAGGAGGGUGAUGGAUCAGUUUCAGAUCUGUUGUAAUAUUAUAUAAUUGAUUUUACCGUUUUUGCAGAGCAGAAAACGUAUUUAUGCAAUAUUAUAGUGCAAACUGAGCGAUGAAUUUUGUCGCAGUUUUUUUAAAAAGAAUAUUUGCACCUGUCACUCUAGAACAUAAGUGAUGGUUUGUCCUAUUUGUUCUGGAGACACCGCAUUCUCUCUUGGGCUUGUACAUGGGAGUGACCGUCACAGACGGGGAGUGACACGAGUUUUAAGGGAGUGGACUCAUUCCAGUCAGCAUUCUUACAGAGCAACUGGAAUGUGUUUGUACAGGAUGAUUUAUUAGUAUGUUUUCCCCAAUAAAGCAUCUUUUCAAAACUA